CUUAUCAGCUGUGUGUGAUUGACCAUAAAAACUAUUUUAUAAUUUUGUGUGAAUAUUUGAAUGCUGCAGCAGUGAAUUUGCUCACGCUGACCAGCAGUUCUUGGCGCUUAUAUAGUUCUAGCAUACCCAAAAUAAAUACAUGAAUAAAUGAAUGCAAUAAAAACUGCUAGCUAGCUAUCUAUAGACGAAUUUCAAUGUUUACAUUUUUCGGCACUUCUGCGCAUGCGCGGCUUGCCGUAAAAAUCGACAGGCAAAACAUUAGCCGCGCCUUCGUGCUUUCAUAAGGAAGUUAUCGAAGAGGGAAGACGUGUUGUGAUAGUUAGAGAGAAAAAACUUAAAAUUAUUUAAAAUAUUCGUCGUAAACGUUGAAGUACUGAUUGUGGAAGGAUGCCUGAUAGUUGCUGUGUACCGAAUUGUACGAACAGACGCAAGAAAGGCGAUGGAAGUGGUGGUUUUUUUCGAAUUCCUUCGAAGAAAUACCCAGACGUCAGAAAAAGAUGGUUGACUGCGAUUGGCAGGGUGGAUUGGCCAGAACAGCUAAUUGGAAAUGCUAAAGUAUGCCAUCUGCAUUUCACAUCUGGAAAAAAAUCAAAGGACCCACUGAGCCCUGAUUUUGUGCCAUCAGUUUUCGACCGAAUUGCGAAAAAAAUGAGUGAGGAAAAAAAGAAAGAGAAACAGGAUCGAUUCCAACGUGCACGUCUGAGAGUUAAGCAGCGCUCAAAUCUUCCUGUUGUGGAAGAGCCCAGUGAAGUUUUGGAACCAGAGGAGGAAGAGCUAAGCCCACAAGAUAUGGAGAUUGAAAAAUUAAAACAAAAAGUGACAGAAAUAGAGAAUGUUGUGAAAGAAAAAGAAAAUAACAUCAAGGAAGUGACUCGAAAAUACUGUAGCAUCCAAAAUGAACUUGUCAACAGGAUGGCUGAAAUCCAUCAGUUAAAAAAUAAAAACAAUUUGUCAAGAAAAUUCCAACUAAAUUAUGGACAUUUGAAAAGUCACAAAAAUUAUUUUUAUUUUUAUACUGGAUUGGACCAAGCACGCUUCAACUGGGUAUUUGCAAUUAUCAAAAAUAAAAUGAAACGUAUCAGCAGAAUAUUGACACCGAAAGAUCACCUUGUUGUUGUCCUGGUAAAAUUGAAACUUGGCUUGUAUAACAAAGAUAUCGCUUUCAGGUUUGGAAUUACAUGCAAAAUGGUCACCAAAAUUUAUCGAAGCUUGCUUAAAGUAUUAUCAAAAUCUUUACUUUUUUUAAUUGUGUGGCCUGAGAAGGAAGCUAUACGUAAGCAUAUGCCGAAGUGUUUCAAAAAGUACCUAAGUUGUCGCUGCAUCAUUGACUGCACUGAGAUAUUCAUACAACGUCCAUUAAAUCUCAAUGCCAGAGCACAGACAUGGUCUAAUUACAAGAAUACUAAUACCAUCAAGUAUUUGGUUGCAUGUUCUCCAACAGGAAGUGUUAGUUUCCUAUCAGAAGGAUGGGGAGGUAGAGUCUCUGAUAAGGAAAUAACAAUAAAAAGUGGUUUUUUGGAUUUAGUCGAAAAUGGAGAUCUUGUUUUGGCUGAUCGAGGAUUCCUUAUCGAGCAAGAGUUGGCAACACGAGGCGUGGUAUUAAAAAUACCUGAAUUUACCAGAGGGAAGGAACAAAUGUCAGCAAUGGAUGUAGAUCGAUCUCGAAAAAUAGCCAAUGUUCGAAUCCACAUUGAGAGAGUUAUUGGACGUUUGAGAAAGUUUGAAAUUUUGAACACAACCAUACCUAUCACUCAAGUAGAUUUAUUGGACGAUGUGUUUAUCGUUAUAUGUGCUUUGGUGAACUUGAACAAAGGCAUUAUAUAACAUAUAUUAUUACAGAGAAUUUGAUACUUCGCACACAACUAACAUAUUGUUAUAUUAUAUUACAUAUAUUACUUUGAUAUAAUGUGACACACUAUUUUUUUUUAAUAUUAUUCUGACAGGUAGAACAUAGCCAAGUUUUCGGUGCUCUUGUUAUCUUCACACAAGAAUAAUGGAACCAUUCUAUGUCACAUGAGCCUAAAUUGUCACAACCAAUCAUAGGUGGGAAGGAUGGUCUUCUGCAUAUGCAAUACACCUUUUCUUCAUUUAGUAACUUGGGAUCACUUUUCCGAGUGACAAGCUCUGGUAACAAAACCUUUUCGAAUACAAUGGCCAGUU